UGUGCCGUCCUAAGACGAAGGAAGCCAGUCGCGACAAAAGUCAGACUUCACACCCCUUUCUUUUCUUUUUCUAUUCCCUCCGCAUCCAUAGAAGGAGAGGCAAGGAAAACGGACUAACUCCAGCGCCCAUCGCUCAUUAUCUGUCGAGAGAGAUAUAUAUUAGACACAUGAGAGGUGGGAACCGGCGGGGCCCGCCGUCGCCGUCGCCGCCGCCGCCAGGGGAGGAUGGCAUGGUGACGGCGGAGGAGGAGGAGUCCGACGUGGCGGCGGGAGGGAGGGGGACGUGGAGGCACGCGGCGUUCCACGUGGCGACCACCAUCGCCACGCCGGCGGCCUACGCCCCCCUCCCCUUCGCCCUCGCCUCCCUUGGCUGGCCCAUCGGUGUUUGCAGCUUGGUGGGAGGAACAUUAGCCACAUGGUAUUCCAGUUUAUUGAUUGCCUCAUUAUGGGAAUGGAAUGGAAAGAAGCACACCACAUAUCGCCUACUUGCAAAAAGUUUAUUUGGUCUGUGCGGUUAUUGGGCCGUAACUCUAUUUCAGCAAGUGGCUUCGUUGGGUAAUAACAUUGCAAUCCAGAUUGCUGCUGGCAGCAGUCUUAAAGCAGUUUACAAGUACUAUCACAGUGAUGGCAAGUUAACAUUACAACACUCCAUUAUGUUCUUUGGUGCCUUCGAGCUACUCUUAUCGCAGCUCCCUGAUAUCCACUCUUUACGGUGGGUGAAUGCCAUCUGUACUUUUAGCACCAUAGGAUUCGCUGGCACAACCAUUGGCGUAACCAUUUAUGAUGGAAAGAAGAUUGAUCGGAGCUCGGUUAACUAUAGGUUACAAGGGAGCAUUGCAACUAAGGUGUUUAAAGCAUUUAAUGCGUUAGGGACGAUUGCGUUCUCAUUUGGAGAUGCGAUGCUCCCAGAAAUUCAGAGCACCGUGAAGGAACCGGCAAAGAAGAACAUGUACAAGGGCGUGUCGGCCGCGUAUGGAAUUAUUGUUUUGAGCUAUUGGCAAUUGGCUUUUAUUGGUUAUUGGGCAUUCGGAUCCCAAGUCGAGCCCUACAUACUAUCCUCGCUCACUAGACCGGGAUGGACAACAGUAAUGGCGAAUGUCUUUGCUGUAAUUCAGAUAACAGGAUGCUUCCAGAUAUACUGCAGGCCGACCUACGCAUACUUUGAGGAAUGGCUUCUCACGGACAAACCGAUCUAUAAGAAGCGCUUCUCGAGUUCUAUACUUAGGCUUGCAUUCACUUCAACUUAUAUGGUUCUCGUCACUCUCGUUGCGGCCGCAAUGCCCUUCUUUGGAGACUUCGUAUCGAUAUGCGGAGCAAUCGGGUUCACCCCUCUCGACUUCGUGCUCCCGGCUCUAGCCUUCUUAAAAUCCAGGAAAACGCAACGCAGCCAAAGAGUGCAUCUUUUGGUGAAGGUGGUCAACCUCGCCCUCGCUACUUGGUUCUCGAUAGUCGCGGUCUUGGGUUGUGUCGGAGCGGUGAGAUCGAUCGUUCUCGAUGUGAAGACCUAUAAGUUCUUUCAUGACAUGUGAUGAUCGUUGAAUAUUGAUCUCCUUUUACUUGAUAACUUGUAGUUUUUCAUCUGUUAUUCUUCCAUGAACGUGAUGUAUUACACAUUUCUCUUUUUCUGUGUGCACGCGUGCGACCGCGCAAUGAACGAAUCGCGCAGUGCUUAGGGAUAUUGUGAACCCCGCAAUGGCUACACGCCGCGAUGUGGGCUUAGUUUGGUAUUGAAGUCUAUCUAACGCUAUUAGAAAGAA